AUGUCAAAAAAACACCUAAUACUAGACAACGGGUCAUACAACAUCAAAGCUGGCUUUGCGCUGCAGAAAGACCCUCUUGUGGUGCAAAACUCCCUAGCAAAAGCCAAGGAUGGCGUCAUUUACAUUGGCAAUGACUACCUCUCUCAUACAAACUUAUACUCGGGCAUCAAUUUCAAAAGACCCCAUGACCAAGGCCAUUUGAUCUCGUGGGAAACAGAAAAACCCAUCUGGGAUUAUACUUUUGACCAACUUUCACCGAAGGUAGAGCUUGAUCCUCUGGAAGUCCAUUUGACUCUCACAGAGACUCCAUUCCAGCUUCCUCAGUUGUCCAUGAACACAGACUUGAUUGUCUUCGAAGAAUACGGGUUUGGCGAGUACUAUCGAUGUGUGCCGCUGCUGCUUGUACCAUGGGCCCAAGGCGGCCUGCCGUCGGACUUUUCCUUGGUCAUCGAUUGUGGUUUCAAUGCUGUUCACAUCAUUCCAGUGAUCUACCAAAGAGUAUACUGGAAGGGCGUGCGUAAGUUGCCUAUCGGAGGAAACCAACUCAACGGUCUUCUCAAGGAGAUGAUUUCGUUCCGUCACUAUGAUAUUUCUGACGAACCUCUUCUCAUCAACACCGUGAAAGAGAAAACCAUGUAUGUAGCCGAGAACUUCCUGGGUGCACUCAAGAAGAAAGAGCAGGCCAGGUGUGAAUUUGUGCUUCCAGAUUUCAAGAACACCGUGACUGGAUAUGUCAGACAAGACGGCUCGAAACUUCCAGAAGACGCGCAGACCAUUCAGCUCUACGAUGAGAGAUUCACGGUUCCCGAGCUGUUUUUUCAUCCCGAGAUCAUGUUGGACCAUAACGCACUCUCCAGCAACACGGUAAUCCAGAAAGCCAAUUUUAAGAAUAUCACUGAUUUGGUUGUGGACUCCAUCAUGGCGUGCCCAGAUGUUUCUCGUCCGGUUCUUCUGGCUAACAUCCACUUUGUUGGAGGCACAGCCAAUCUUGCGAAUUUCAAGCAUCGUCUCGUAUCUGAGCUCGAGAAAGAGUUGCCGGUGAACUGGACUGUCAAUGUGUUGGACGAGAAGUUUGACUUGGACAAGGUUUCCUGGCAAGGAGGCCAUGCGCUUGCUAACAAUGACAUUAUCAAAGAGGUGACCAUCACCAAACAGGACUAUUUUGAGCAUGGAGCUAAUUGGUGCCAGAAGCAAUUUGGCUUCCGCAAUUUCUAG